CCACAGUCAGGAGCAGCAAUAGCAGAAAUGAAACACGCAGCACAUCAAUACUGUGGUGUAGAAGUACAUCUGCGCCGAUACUCUGAGUAUCCUGUUUCUGUGUGCCAUGAUGCUGACUAAACUGCUUCUGCUCCUCUGUCUGAUGGGAGAUGUGUUUGCCAAGGAAGCACAUGAUGUGGACUGUUUCGUGUUGCAUCUGAAAUAUGUUAAAUGUUCCUGGAAUCAGCAGGGGACUCCAGACGUCAAUUACACCUUCUACAGCAGGUUCCACAAUGACAAAGAAAUCACUAACUGCACCAACUAUGUGUCAGAGAACAGAAUUAACACUGGAUGCUCUCAGCCCUAUGACAGCCCGUCCAAAAGGUUCAGCAAAUUUUACACCAGCCUGGUACAUGGCAACAAGACUUUUGAGCAGGAACACAGUCUGAAAAAGAGAGUCAAGUUAUAUCCACCAACCAACAUAACUGUCCAGAAUGGAUCCGACUUUAACCUGUGGUUUUACUGGAACCAGACUGCUGCAAACUGUGUGGAGAAUGAGGUUCGCUUCAGGACCAGCAGCAAGAAGUGGGAGACUUCCAAAGUCAGUAUUGGGAGGCAGAGUUUCUGCAUCAACUUGCCCUCCAGCAGUUCCCGGUAUGAGCUGCAAGUGCGAAGCAGAUUGGGGAACAAUUGUGGAGAGUCUGUUUUCUGGAGUAACUGGAGCGAGCCUGUGGUCUGGGGAUCCAACAAAAGAACAGACACUGAACAAAAAGAUGUUUCAAUAUCUGUGUGGACUCCAUUGCUGUAUGCGUCGGGUGCUGUCAUCCUCAUCCUACUGGCUGUGAUGCUGCUGCACCAUGAGAGGCUCAGAAUCAUCCCCAUCCCUGUGGUUCCCAAGCCAUCCCUGGUCCUUUACGACAUUGAGGAUUGGUUUCAAUAUUCCAAAGGCCUGAAAGGGAACUUUAAGGCCAACUACAAUGAGUAUGCCUGUCCUGUCCGCGAGUACUCCCAUGUCUCCCAGUCCGACAGCGAGAGCUCUGACGGCUCCACCUUCUCUGUCACCACCGACCAAACCGAUUGCUCUGUCUCCAUCGGUGUGAACAAAUCAGAAGACCUGUCUAACCCCAUCUCCUCUUCCACCUCUGAAGUUCUUGUCUUAUCCCAGGAGGAAGAGCAGGUCUGUGUUUAGGAGGCUUCUCAGUCAGGGUU